AUGGCUACGCACUGGACCUGGAUCGCCCGCGCCAAACAAGACCAUCUCCUCGACGAUACUACCCUCGACACUCUAGGUGCAUACCUGGACGAGACGGUGGCGCUCGACGAAGCUGUCCAUCAACUGACUCCGCAGUCCCCGCACCAGACCCCUCCCGCCAUCAACCUGCUCUGGGCGGCAAUGCUCUCGCUGGCGAAAGAGGAGUCCGCCCCGCACGAUGCGCUCCUCGAACUGAUCAAGGUGCUCCUUGCGUCGCAAGCCGCGGCUGUAGGCGCCGACGACGCUCUGGCAAACGAGCUCGGGUACACCUGGCGAGACCUCCAUGACUAUCUAUGGGCGGAACAUACUAAACUGCGGGAUGCGUCGGAUCUGAGCGCGCGCCAGUGGAUCAACUUCCAUGCCUUCAGUGCGGGCUGUGUCCGGGACGCGAUCCUGACGGAUCUCUCUGUCGUGUUUGUCCUGACGAAAGAUGCCCUCGAGACGCGGGUCGACGCGAGUAACGCUGUAUUGGUUGGCGUUGAUGUAGUCGCUGCGUCACAAUACUUGGUCACCGCGGGAAGGGUAAUCAUGCAGCAUAUUCAGAGUCCGGGUGGGACUAGUUUAAUGCAGCAGGAUUCUGGCGGCGACCUGUGGACUGGAUCGGCAGAUGUCCUAGGUCGAUGGACGUUUUGGAAAAACCGCUUCGAAGUGCUGCACACGGCCGAAACGCUCUCUGAAGAGGCGAGGGAGGCUGCGUGGAAGGCUGUGGUAGCAAUGGGGAAGGUUGAACGGCAGAGUACGAGACGAUGA